AUGUCCGGCGACUUGGAAGAGUCCUGGAAAAACUGGUGGGAUGAGUUCAAGUUGUUUUCAACCGCCACUGGACUCAAGUCACAAGACGCCGAGGUGCAAGCUGCAACAUUCCUCGUGACCAUCGGGGAAGACGCAAGGCGGGUCUACAAAACCUUCAGGUUUGAAAACCCAGGGGACGAAAUGCGCGUAGAAAAGCUAGUGGAGCUGUUCGAGAGGCAUUGCAAGACAGCAACAAACGUCAGCUACAGGGAUUUCGUGUUUGGAACACGGAACCAGCGAGACGGUGAACGGUUCGACGACUGGCUUACCGACCUACGUACACUCGCAACCCAAUGCGAGUUUGGCGAAAUGCACGACCGCAUGUUACGGAGUAGGAUCAUUCUCGGAAUGACCAACAAGCGACUACAACAGCGCAUGAUUAACGAAGACCCAACGCUGGAUCAAGUGAUUCAAAAAUGUCGAACCGAAGAACGUGGAGCCCAGCAGUUCAAAGCUAUUCAAGCUGGUGCGACACCCACCGUAAUACAUGGGUUACACUCGGAAGAAUGCUCUCGCUGUGGAUACCUUAAACACACAAGCGAAGGCUGCCCAGCAAAGAAUGCGAAAUGCAAGAACUGUGGCAGGAAAGGACACUUUGCACGUGUGUGCCGCACACCAGACAAGACAACCAAGCAUAAAGGUACGCCACGAAGAAACGUACGCCAAGUAGAACGAUGCAAGACCUACGACUCGGACGAGGAAAAGUUGGUCUGCAGCCUACACAAUGGUGACGGCGACGAAGAGUUCUGGUGUGCAGAUGUUAAUAUCGCAGGGAAGCAAGUCGACUGCAGAAUCGACACAGGAGCGAACUGUUCCGUAAUGUCUGCGAUGCAACUUAGCCGUGUCACGACUCAGAAGCCACAAGUUCUUACUACUAGAAUUGGCUCUUUUUUUGGACACGUCAGCAAAGCAGAAGGCCGUAUCAUCCUGCCAGUCAUGCACGGUAACAGGAGUACCGAAGUGAAAUUCUACAUCGUGCAACGGGAAGUGCCCACCACGAUUAGCGGUACCAUCGCGGAAAAACUAAACUUGAUCAAGCGAGUGGCAUCCGUGGAAAAGCACUGCAGUCAGACGGUGCAACAACAUGAAGACAUCUUUCAUGGAUUGGGAGAAUUAAAAGGCGUCAAAUACCACAUGAGACUCAAGCCAGAUGCACAAGGCGUGAUCCAGCAGCCGCGUACAGUCCCGGUCGCUAUCAGGGACAAGCUCAAAAGCCACCUGGAAGAUCUGGUGCAACAAAGAGUGAUUGCGCCAGUAACAGAACCAACGGAGUGGGUCCACCCUAUUGUGGUUGUACAAAAGAAAGCCAAACUCCGACUGUGCCUUGAUCCUCAAGAGCUGAACAAGGUCCUCAUGCGGGAAACCUACUGUAUGCCUACGUUAGAGGACAUUGCCACACGAUUGGAAGGAGCCAAGAUCUUCUCGACGCUAGACGCAGCCACAGGGUUUUGGCAAAUCAAGCUCGACACGCCCAGCUCGUACUUGUGUACUUUUGAGACGCCGUUUGGGAGGUAUAGAUUCCUGCGAAUGCCUUUUGGCAUAUCGUCUGCUCCCGAGGUGUUCCAGAAGACAAUGCACAUGGUGUUUGAAGGCUUAGACGGAGUAGAGAUCAUGAUAGACGACAUCCUCAUCUGGGGAAAGACGACUGAGGAACAUGACUGUCGGCUUCAGGCGGUACUACAAAGGUGCCGAGAGGUCAACCUACGACUGAACAAGGAAAAGUGCAAGCUCUGCAUGAAACAAAUCAAGUACCUGGGUCACAUUUUCUCAGCAGAGGGACUCUCAAUCGAUCCGGAUAAAGUGAAAGACAUCCUUGCUCUACCAAGACCGAACAAUGUGGGCGAACUGAAGAGCUUCCUAGGAGUGGUAAACUACCUGGGAAGAUUCAUUCCUAACAUGUCAGACGUGAGUGCGUCGUUGAGGCAACUCCUAAAGAAGGAGACAGCCUGGUCAUGGACAGAAGAACAAGAGAGAAGUUUCACAGCCCUUCUGACGGCUCUGACGGUCGCACCCACGCUGCGGUUCUACGACAAAAACAAGCAAGUAACGCUGUCAGUAGAUGCAAGCUCCAGAGGAACAGGUGCAGUGUUGCUGCAGGAGGGACAUCCAGUAGCUUAUUCUUCAAGGUCCUUGAGUGACGCUCAGAAGAACUAUGCACAAAUCGAGAAGGAGUUGUUAGCGAUCGUACACGGAUGCAGUCGAUUCCACGACUUCAUCUUCGGACACACCGUUGUCGUGGAGUCGGACCACAAGCCAUUGGAGGCUAUCUUCCGAAAGCCUCUCAACCAGUGCCCUCUCAGGCUACAGAGGAUGAGACUAACCCUUCAAAAAUAUGAACUUCAAGUUAAGUACACCCCAGGAAGAGAGCUAUACAUUGCUGACACACUCUCUAGAAAUCCAUCAAAGGAGGAAGAGCCAGAGGUUUUCGAGGUGAACGUCUUGGAGUGCCUCCCCAUCAAAGACGAAACCUUAGAAGAAUGUCGGAAAGCGAUAAGUAAAGACAAAGAUAUGACCACCAUGUUAGAGUAUGCAAGAGGUCAGUGGCCAAUCAGCAAAGAAGAAGUACCAAAUACUCUGAAGCAGUAUUGGCCAUACAGAGACGAGAUACAUGAAGAGGAUGACUUGCUGUUCAGGUCAAAUAGACUCAUCAUUCCAGAACAACUGAAGAGUGAAAUACUAGUAAAGUUACACAGGGCGCACAGCGGUGUAGAGAAAACACUACAUCGUGCCAAAGAAGUUCUCUACUGGCCUACAAUGCAGAAAGACAUAAGGGAUAAAGUAGAAAGUUGCAUCGUGUGCAAAGAAAACAAGCCACGACAACAGAAAGAAGCUCUCAUUAACCAUCCUGUGCCAACCGCACCAUGGCAAGUGGUUGGAAUAGAUUUGUUCCAACACAACGGCCACCACUACAUUGUGAUAGUGGACUACUACUCGUUCUACUACGAAACACAUCAGCUUCAGAGGACAGCUGUCAAUCAAGUGAUCAACUGCUGUCUAAAAACAUUUGCUGUGCAUGGAUUGCCAGUCAAAGUCGUUUCAGACAACGGUCCACCAUUCAACAGUGCAGACUUUAAGGAGUGUCUACAGCACCGAGGAAUCUCCCACGUGACAUCCAGCCCCUAUCACCCCAAAUCCAAUGGAAUGGCUGAGAGAGCGGUGCAAGAAGCCAAAAAGCUCAUGAACAAAUGCAGCUAUGGAACUACAGACUAUUAUGACGCCCUACUGGAGCGGCGCAACACACCUCGAGACGGAGUCCUGGGAUCUCCAGUUCAAAGGCUUAUGAAUAGGCACACAAGGACAGAAAUUCCCACGCAUCCUUCGCUGCUUCAAAGCACAAAAACAAAUCACACAGAAAUACAACAGCGGUUGAGGGACAAACAAAAGAAACAACGGCAACAAUACAACAAAAAUGCCAAAACUCUGCCCGAACUCCACACCGGAGAAGAUAUAUUUCUCAGGGAUCAACACAGCGGAAAGUGGAGGCCUGCUAUUGUUGUAGCAAAAGCACCACAGCCAAGAUCGUACAUCGUCCAAGACGACGAUGGUGUCCAGUGCAGGCGAAACAGCAUAAUGCUCCGCAGAAGCCAAAGAACGAAAAGGAAACCAGCCCGCUUCAGGGACACAAACUUCGUCAACAAGUAGGCGAAGAAAGAGAGAUGUAGGCUGGUACGAACUACAGCACGAGAAAGAGAGCCAGUAGGCGGGGUAAAAGACGACGAAGGUGCACGGGACCACAGGA